CCUCUCCCUCUCCUAGCACCCCUCUAGGGAGUCUGCUGUGUGGAGCUGAGUGAGCAGCAAAGAGGAAGAGUAGAAGGAUGUGCAAUAAGAGAAGAGGCUGUGAGUGACAGCAAGUGACAGGCUGACAGCUCAUGCUUGUGGCGCAGAGAAGGUCCUUGAUAACAGCAGAAAGUCAUCAGCUGCUGGGGAACACCCGGGGCAAGGCAGGGAAGACAUGCAAUUCCUUCUUCAUAAUUUGAAAUAUUGAUCAGGGUUAGCAAUACCUGUGCAUUGUUACAGAAUGUCCUGUGAUAGCAGUGAAGUUGUUGGACACCCAAUAUAUAAACCAUGUGAACAGAUUCAAUGCUCCACUUCCCAGCUUAGCAGUCCAAAUGGAAAUAGGAAAUCUGCGGCAUUGCUGAAAGUCAGAGGGAGCUUAAGUAAUAUGCAAUAUUCUUCUGUCGCACUGGAUCCAGAAACCUUGGAGAACAAUGGAUCGGGGAUUCCCCACAGCCCUGAGGAAGGCACAAAGGCUACAGCCUUGACAGCAAGUGGAGUCCGUAGGGCAUGUACAACAAAGUGUUUCCAUAGCCAUUAUUUAACUAAAACUAGUACACAAGGAGAUGUCUACAACUUCCUGGAGAGGCCCAGCGGAUGGAAGUGUUUUAUCUAUCAUUUUACAGUAUUUCUUUUGGUGCUGAUUUGUUUAAUAUUCAGUGUACUGUCUACAAUAGAACAUUAUUCUGAAUUUGCUACUGGAACACUUUUUUGGAUGGAAAUAGUUCUGGUUGUGUUCUUUGGUGCUGAAUAUGUGGUCCGAUUGUGGUCUGCAGGCUGCAGGAGUAAGUAUGUUGGCUUCCAGGGAAGAAUACGGUUUGCCAGAAAGCCAAUAUCAAUUAUCGAUCUAAUUGUGGUAGUAGCCUCAAUUAUUGUUCUGAGCAUAGGAUCUAAUGGACAGGUGUUUGCCACCUCUGCAAUUAGGGGGAUACGGUUUCUCCAGAUACUUCGCAUGCUUCAUGUAGAUCGACAGGGUGGCACAUGGCGACUAUUAGGAUCAGUUGUUUUCAUACAUCGUCAGGAACUCAUAACCACAUUGUACAUUGGAUUCUUGGGAUUAAUCUUUUCAUCCUAUUUUGUUUAUCUUGCUGAGAAGGAUGCCGUUGAUGAGGAUGGAAAGACAGGUUUCUCCAGCUAUGCUGAUGCCCUUUGGUGGGGUGUGGUAACUGUCACAACAAUUGGUUAUGGAGAUAAAGUUCCCCAGACGUGGAUUGGGAAGACAGUAGCUUCCUGUUUUUCAGUAUUCGCUAUAUCUUUCUUUGCUCUGCCAGCGGGUAUUCUGGGGUCUGGUUUUGCCCUGAAAGUACAGCAGAAACAACGUCAGAAGCAUUUCAAUAGACAAAUCCCAGCUGCAGCAUCUCUAAUUCAGACUCUGUGGCGGUGCUAUGCAGCAGAGAAAUCUUGCAGUUCUACUGCAACAUGGAAGAUCUAUGUUACAUCACCAGUGCAUAACCCAAAAAAGCCACCAGCGCCAUCUAGCCCUAGUUUGAGAAAACAGGCUAGAAGAUACAAAAGAAAAGGGAGACUAGGCUGUGGAAAUGGUUCUGCACCUGUAAUAAACCCAGGAGAGAAUACCUUGUCUGUUCCACAGAUAACUUAUGAUCACAUUGAUGAACAAGGCGACAAAAAAAAUGUCUCUUUCUACAUUGGUGAACCAGGAGUGAGAAGGCGUUUAGAAGGGAGUACCCAAGAAAUGUCACGAGCAAAUAGCUUCACUGAUGACAUUGACCUUAUGUCAGAAGAGUCACCACUGCCAGCUGUAUCCAAUGUGGCACAGUUCUUCUUCCUUCUCUUUCAUCUACUGAAUACGGAAUGAAGGCUCUCAAAUUUCCACAUAUGUGGACUAGAAUGCUUUCUAUCAAUUUUUUAUAUUCCAUUUUCAUAUUUUGAGAGAUGAGUCUUUACUUUUUUAACUGCAUCUAGAUGCAAGAAUCAAAUGUAAAAUUUACCUAAGCAGUUUUUAUUAUUAGUGUUUCUUAGAACAUGAAGAAUACAUUCAUAAUGGGAUUAUGGAAUGCAUAAAGUAAAUUUCCAGUGAAUUAAGUAGAUGAUGUAUAUGUAACACUGGAGAACAGAAUAUAUUUCAAAUAGAUUAUGUCUCUGGAGGACAGUGUCAUUACAUUGUUGGUGAAAAACAGUGCUGCUUUUUCCUUGUGGAGAAAACCUGUGCUUUAAAAAUAAGUGCUUGGUUUAAAAAAAAAAAAAAAAGUCAAAGAGGAAUUUCAUACUUUGGAUAAAUUAGCAAGUUUUGACUGAAUUUUCCUUUGAGUUGAUUAGGGAAGAAAUUGUCCGAGCUUAUGCCUCUAGAUGAAAGAGCAUCGUACUCUAGCACUGAUGGCCAGUUCAGCCACCAUAGGAUAACAUCUAGUGACUUAGAAUAAGAUUCAUAACAUCCAGCCAUUUAGAAUGAAGAUAUGACUGAGCAAGUCAAGGCAAAAACUUGUAUUCCAACACCCUGUUGGGUCUAACUCUGAUGUACAAGAACACAUUUCUUUUCAGCCAGACACAGUCUGGAAUCAUCUUUUAUGAGCAGACACUGAAAGAUAAGUUUUAAGAAGCAUAGACAGCUUACUCAUUUUUGUAUUGAAAGAGAAGCAACAGUACCCACGUUUUAUAUUACAGAUUAUUGAUUUAAACAUUCAUAAAGUGAGAGGCCUGGUUUCAGUUUCUUCAUUAGACAGAAGAGAUUGAAAGCCAGAACUUCCACCUACUGGGAGGACUUAAAAUCAGUCACGAGAAAACAGAAUAGCUAGAAGUUGUGAGGGAGUAUUUCUUCCUUUUUGAAAAUGUCCAAAAUCUGUUUACAGGAAGAGUAAACUAUUUAAAGACUUUGCACAGAAGUGAAAAAUUUUUUAGUCAAAUGGGCAGUAGAGCUAACUCAGAAACAUUCAGAAAUGAAUCAUCAUACUAGAAAUUUAGUGAAUGCUGAAGCAUGUCACGUCACUCAGCACUAAUCAGGGCUGGGAACAUAUUACAAAUAGUAGGAGUGAAAUUACAUUACAUUCAGUUCAUAGUGGUCAUACCAAAAGUAACACUUGACACUUUCUCUAAUUACUCAUUUGUGUCAUUUCUCACAAAUGUUUGUGAUCUGAUAUAAUUUAAUAUACAUUAGUGGGUAUGGUAAGGGUUUUCCCAGAGGAGACCUUUCUUGAUGUUAUUGCAAUAAUUUGCUAGGGUAAGUGUGCAUUGAAUAUAUAACUUUACAUUCAAUACAACAGUGUUGGAAACUUUUUCAACAGUUUCAGACUGACUUUCUUUUCCAGCUGGUACAGAUUGUCACCUUUUCCCCAUUCUUUCUUCAUUUUGCUGCAAAUAAGAUUGCACAUUCUUACAGUAGUUAUAGAGUUGCUGUUUUCCUGGCUUCCUCUGCAAACAUUUUUUUAUUGUUUAGCUUUACCCUGUCCCCAAAUCCAGCUCAAAUAAAGAAGAAGAAACAUUUCCUUGAACUGCAGGAGUAAAUGAUGACCUGCUUGGGGCAGAAAAGAGGGAGUAAAUGUGUGCAUGACAGAUCAGAGAUCAUCUGUGCACAAAUAAGUUCUCUUGAGUUAUUAAUUGGGACGCUUACUGUGCAUAAUCCUUAAAAAAGACUUUGCUUUGCUCCUGAUUAGGUGUAGAAAUUCAUGGUGGGGUACAGUAUGUAGGAUGAAGCGAGCAAAGUAAAGCAAGUUCAGGAGUUAAAAUUCAGAACUUCAAGUCUCAAAGGACGAGAGAUUUCCAGAACUGCCUUUUCUACAAGUGUGUGGAAUGAUGUCUUUUGAGACUUUAUCUUCCAACAGAGCAGGGCAAGGUCCAGAUACAUGCAAUUGAAUGAAGUCAGAAAUUUCAUGUAGUUGUCAGAUGUGAUCUCCCACUCAAGAGCUUCCACAAUAGGGAGAAAUACACUGGAUGUCAAGUCCUUCCGCUUUUUUACCUCAGUGUUACUACAUCUUGUUGGAGAGGGCAAGGAAAGGUGAAUGGUAUUAAGAAUGUUUUAUAGUUGCUCUUUCCAAAUCCCUAAUGAAACUUGUGUCUUAUGCUGUAAACUUUUCCAUCAUCUAAUACUCCAAAAGGUCACUAAAACGUUUAAUCCUUGAGUGAAUGUAUGGGACCUAUCAUUCCAACUUUAGGAUCUGCAGCUGCUUAUCUUGUCCUCCACCGAGCUAAACUGGAUGACUUGUUGGUGAGGCAGCUAGGGUUGUUUAACUUCAUUUACUCCAUUGUUGACUCACAGCUGGAGUAAAGACACCAGUGUUUUUGAAGACUAGUAUCAAGACACAACAGAAAAAUGGCUAAUUUUGUAAAAAUUCAUAUUUGGUGCAGAUAAAAGGUAAAGAUCAUUUUUUCAUUGGCAAUUCAGCUUCUGUCCUCUGGGGAAGAAAAGAAACUGAAGUCUAGCACUGCAUCUCCUGAGAAAGCCAAGAGCAACAGCAAGAGUCUCUGCUUAGAGAGCACACAAGUAUUCUGGCUACUUUCUGUGGUCCUUUGCCUUUGUGCUGCCCCAGCAUUCAGAACUCUUGAUUUAAAAGUUAGAAAAGUACCUCGUGCCUUUUUCGGCAAUGGGGGAUGUGUGUGAAUGUAUUCAAGUAUCUUUUAUAUCUGCUUAUGAACCAGUUCUCUAUUUAAUGUAAUCUAUUUUUCAACCUGCGUUCCUCCACUGCCUCAUCUAGCAACAAGUUUCAGGAGUUCACCUUCCUCUUGUAAUGAAGAUUUUAAAAAUUUCUUUUAAACUGGUGCCCUACUCAUUUUUAUGGUUGGCCCCCAGUUCUAGCAUUGCAGGAAUUCAGGUAGUUGAACUCUGUAUUCUUUGUUAUGAGUUGGGAUGUCUGUAAGUCAUCUUCCUGCCCCAGCCAAAUAUUAACAAAUUGAGGCCUGUCUGUAAGAGGCUCUUCUGACUAAUUUGUGAUGGAACUAUAGGCCAGGAUCGGAAAAGCCUGAUAGAUGAAGUGGGAAGAAUCUCAAAAUUAAUGGAAAAAUAAGCUUUAACACUGCAUGUUUGUAGUACACUCUACAGUUCAUGACGUGCAUGUGCUUCAAGAUGAUGAUAUAUUUGUUUCUCUUUGGAUAUUUGGAUCUCUGAAGAUUAGUUCUUAUAACUCGUGCUGUUGAUUAUAAAGCCUUGUUACCAGAAUUUGGAUAUAAGAUGUUCUUAAAGCUGCCAUACAUGGAUGCAGCAAUUAUAUAUUCACGAUAACGUACCAUCAGAUUGUUCCAUCUCAUCACCAUCCUAUAUUUAUAUAAUGCCAGUCAUGUAACACUUUUUUGAGGUCCUUAUUUCAUGCCACGUCCAUUUUCUGCUUGGUAUAAUUUUGUAAUUUAGCAUCUUUCAUAAUCAGCAGUCCUACCUCCUUUGGGAAAACAAAAAGGUAAAUAAAACCCGAUCUGUAAAUCCAUGCAACUACACCAAGAAAGGAAAACAUUCCCUUUCUUUUAGAAAGAUAAAAUUCCAACAUAUUGCAUUUGGGAUACGUGACUGUGAAAUUAAGUAUGUCUCAUACUCCAUAUGCAUAAAAAAAGAGUUAGGAUGGUGCAAUGAACUUAACCAUAAUAUUUCUUGAGCUUUUUGUGUUAAAUUCUCUAGCAGAAUUAUGCCUUUGCAAAAGGGGGAAUGGAGUAAGAGUCUGAACAAAGAGACAGAACUCCAUGUUAAAUGCUCUGCUGCAAUAUGGAAAUUUGAAAAUCGAGUAUGCAAAUCUAAUUAAUUCCCAGAGAUUGAGGCCAUGGACAAUCAGGCUCCUUCAGUUAAGGCUAUUUUCAUACUAGAUAAUUAAUUUUAAACAUCUGCUGUUUAAGUCAAAAUAGACCAGAGAUUUAAGUAGUAGUGCAGAAAAUGUUGAAUUGAGGUUUUUUUAACUGCAUCUGUCUAGAAUCUAGUUGUGAUUUCAGCCAGCUCUCAAUUGUAGUGGUUUGAUGUUAAGUACAGUUAAGUCAGAUAUCAAUAUAUGAAUGUAAUUAGCACACCAGCUGGUUAAAGUAGGAACCUGUGUCCACAGAGAAAAGUGGUUGUUUAUUUUUUUUUCCUGCUUUCUCUGUUAAAUUUUAAGCAUUUUUUUCUUUUUCUGCAAAGAACAAAUUGAAUUUUCCUUUUCAUUUUAGGCUAAUUCAAAUAGGCAUCUAAGCUUUUACCUUGCAAUUGAAGUUAAUGCACUUGAAAAAUAGUUAACUCUGGAUUUGCGAUUGCAAAUAACAACUGAAAUAGUUUUAUUUUUACUUUUGCAUAUGUUCAAUUUUUUUUUAAUUUACUUUAAUUCACUUUUCUUAACACAAUAUGCUAUGCAAUGCGAAGUUUCCUAAUUAUGAUCAUGAUUUAAGUUUAAACUAAUUUUAAUACCAGUUCCUUCCGCUUUGAACUCUUGUUUUUUCCUUGCAUUUAUGAUAUGCCAAAUGCUGAUUAAGACAACUCAUUUUGGGGGGAGAUGUUGGAAA